CUCUCUCUCUCUCUCUCUCUCUCUCAGUGCAAUGCAGGUGCUAAUUAGUAUUACAUUUAGACAUGGAGUUAGCUUCAUCUUAAGCAAAAUCUGCAAUAUUUUCAUCUAUUUAAACUAGCUCAAACAUUUUACUCGCCACUGCAGAUCAUAGACUAUAAAUGGAGGGCAUGCAAUUUUCUUAAUUUCAUUUGGAGGAAAUAUCUGUGGCAUAGGCAGCGUCAUCUCCCCCUGUUGUCCACUGACCUAAAAUGCAGCAUUCUGAAAGAUGAGAAAGGCAAUGCAUUUCCUCCCAGUUCUUUUGUAAGCUGACAUGAAGUAGACAGACACCUUCUGAAGUUUUGUGCAUGCUGUGCUCUCUCUCUCUCAUUUUUCCUUUGCUGCAACAAGAAAAGCCUUUUCUUUUAACCUGGCUUCCUUUGAAGAAGUGACUCAGGCAGCUUCAUGGCCUCUCAAGAUCCUCAAGGCCACCCGAACAAAAUCAUUCAGGAUUAUCUUCCUGGUUCUUCAGACCUUCCUGACCAAAAUAAGUCUAUUGUACCAACAAGUGCCUGGAAACAAGCAUCACCCCCUCAUGACUUGCCUCCUGGCCUGGAAUACUUAAACCAGCUGGACCAGAUAAUCAUUCACCAGCAGGUGGAGCUUCUUGAAGCCCUUCUUGGCACAGAGACAUCCAGCAAGUAUGAGAUAAAGAACCAUUUGGGAGAAAGACUUUACUAUGCAGUGGAGGAAAAUGGUUGCUUUGAUCGCAACUUUUGUUCUCCUUUACGGUCUUUCACUAUAAGGAUUGCUGAUAAUGCUGGCCAAGAGGUGAUUACUGUGAACAGACCCUUGAGAUGUAACAGCUGCUUGUUCCCUUGCUUCCUGCAAGAGCUAGAAGUUCAGUCCCCUCCUGGUACAAUAGCAGGCUAUGUUGUCCAGAACUGGGACCCUCUUCUGCCUAAAUUCACGAUAAAGAAUGAAAGCAAAGAAGAUGUAUUGAAAAUAAUUGGUCCAUAUGCAACGUGUGGCUGUCUUGGAGAUGUCGACUUUGAGGUAAAAGCUCUUAAUGAAAUAUCUCCAAUUGGCAAGAUUUCCAAGUACUGGUCUGGAUUUGUAAAUGAUGUCUUUACCAACACUGCCAACUUUGGGAUCCAGAUGCCAGUAGAUCUUGAUGUGAAAAUCAAGGCUGUAAUGAUUGGAGCUUGUUUCCUUAUAGACUUAAUGUUCUUUGAGCAUUCAUUGGAUGAACUGUAACAAGGAAGAUGAUAGAAACAGUAAAAUAUGCAGCAUGUGUUUCAAAAUCCCUUGAGCUUUGGACAUUAUUUCUGACCUACACAAACCUGUGCUUUUUAUAGCAAAAAAAGUUAAUGAUUUUGUUUAUUAAAAUGUAUCUUAUGUAAAUAAUAACUUUGCCAUUUCAAUUUCAUGUGUGUUGUAGACAAGAAUACAGAUGCAGAAAUGUUGCUUUGGAAUGAUGCUAUUCUCUUUUGAAGUUCUUGCAUGGGAAAGCAUGAAAGGUUGUAACUAAGGCUUGUAGCAUCACUGAUGAAAUUCUAUGUUUAGAGAACCCUUUGAAGUUGGCAAGUCCUGGUACCAGCUAUUAACCAAAUGUGGGUGUUUUUUUCAUUAUUUCACAUGAUGGUUUCUGAUUUGCUAUUUAAUUAAUAGUAACAAAUGCAGUAUCAUAGUAACAAAUGCAGACAAAUUGUCCAGCAGGGUAUUUGAUGAUAAGUGUAUUUUUAUACGGGGACAUUCAGGUACAAAGAAGCUACUUGUUUAGGUUUAAGAGAUACUUGACAGCUAAUGUUUGUAAGUGAUGUGAUUUUUUCAGAAAUGGUAGCCUUAAAUUAGGCUCCUAAGCCAUGCUUAAACACAUACAAACUAGUGGUGUAGAUAUAUUCUUGAAUUUCUUGGCCAACUAUGCACACAUGCACACAUACACAUGCAUGUGCACACACAGUCAUAAAAUAUUUAAUAUGCACAAUACUGUUAAGUGUCCAAGAAGUUAAUUUGCACCCUGUAAUAGUGAAAAAAUCCUUUGCUUUAAUCCAGAUUAUAUAUACUGUGCAUAUAUAUAUACUGCUAAUUUAUUAAACAAGUCAGCUCUUUUCUGAAGUCAACAUAAAAUAAAUACAUGCUUCUGGGCUAGCCUUUUGUACUUUUCCCUCUGGGACUAGGUAGACUCAUGUAUUUUCUUUGAGAGAAUUCUGCAGUGGAAACUUUCUAUUGGAAAGUAUUGAAUAUCAUAUUUGUGUAUUAAAAGAUAACCUUACUGUUAGAGCUGCUCAUAUCCUGCUAAGAUUGGUUACAGACAUUUGCUCAGAAUUUGAAUUGCUCCUUAUUUUUAGACAGAAGGUGGGGUAGAUAGGCACCUUAUGACUAACUGGCUGAAUCUACACAAGAUGCUAAUACUCAGUUGUUGGUCUGGGUUCAUUUAAUAUUUGUAUAAACAAGUACUAAA